UGUUACAAAGAGUCGACAUGGGUGUAUCAGAAGUACAGGGGUCUUGUCUUUUACUGGACGAAAAGCUGCUCCGCUUCAUGGACCAGCUCGAGUUACUGGAGCAGAAACGAGCCACUCUCAACUCUCUCAUCGAGCAGGGGUGGUUUUCCCUAACCCAGGCACGAUAUUCCAUGGGAAACAAACAAGUAUCUGCACUCCAAUAUGCCAGUGAGAUGGAGCCACUGGUUUGUGUUAAUGUCAGAACCCUGGAUGAUGGUCAGGUGGAAUUCUGCACUGCUAAAUCUCCACAAAAAUGUAGUGAAGACUCUACAAGAUAUGUAGCAUCCAUAGAGGAUAUUGGACCUCAAGAAGAAGGUGUCAGGCAAAGAAAUAAGCCAAAAAAGGAUAUCACAGAAAAAAAGGCAAGUGGGGAUACAAGUAGAGAGAACUUUCCACAAGGAAAUUCAGUAAGAAAAAGAGACCAGAAUCUUCAGCAAGACCCGCUGAAAUGGUUUGGAAUUUUGGUGCCACAACCUCUUAAACAAGCACAGUCAUCAUUCAAGCAAGUGAUAGAGCUUUCUGCUGAGAUCGCAGCCCUCCAGAUUGCAGUUUUAAACACCAGAGAGGAGAUGAAGCACAGUUCAGAAAACAAACACACGCCAGGAGAAGGACUCAGUAUUUCUGCUGGGAAAUGUGGUGAAUUAAAUGAAUCUGCUGUAUCAGAACAGGAGGAAACAAAAGUGACCCUAGCCACAGAGAGAGAGUAGAUCAGGAUCUAUUAAACUUUACUGUGAUAUUGUUGCUUAAAUUAAAAGAAGGUAUCAAAAAUUUAGUUCCAACUUUAUGAUUUAUUUGUAACAGGUUACAUUUGAUCUUGUACUGUUUUUACUGAUAAAUGUGCAUCUUAUUUAAGAUGGAUGUGUUUGUUGUAUUUGAUGAUUUUCUUUAAGUGGAAUAAAUGAGUUGUAGUUUACAACUUAGGAAAUCAUAAGUUAAUUAAAAAGGUGGAAUGUUUUCAACAACCAGUAGUCAGCCUCCUUCAUAUGGUACAACUUUGAGGAAUGUUUUGGAUUGUUUUGCUGAUCUCCGUUUCUUGCAAGUUAACUGUUCGUGUACACCCAUGAUGGAAUACUUUAAUGUUCAACACUUAUAUAUGUAAAGGAAAACUGAUGUUUUUUUUUUUUGUUUUUUUUUUGUUUGUUUGUUUUUUUAAAUUGGAAUAAAAUAUAUAAAACAA